AUGACUUCGACGACGAAGCUUUUUAUCGGCGGCCUCGCUUGGCACACCGAGGAGGCAACUUUGCGCCAGAAGUUUGAGGAGUUUGGACUCGUGGACGAGGCUGUUGUGGUCAAGGAUCGUGACACCGGCCGCAGCCGUGGCUUCGGAUUCGUUCGAUACACGAAUGAGGACGACGCGCAGCGAGCCAUCGCCGCAAUGAACAACAUUGAGUUUGACGGUCGCACCAUUCGCGUCGACAAGGCCUCCGACAACGGUCCCCGAGGAGGCUACCCUCCCCGCGGCGGCGGAGCGGUGGGCGGCUUUGGGAUGCGCGGCGGCUACGGUGGCAUGCAGAACCCAGGCAUGCCUCAGAUGGCCUACGGACAUCCUCAGCAGGGAUACCCGAUGGCUGCUCACCCGCAAAUGUAUGCCGCCCAACAGCAACAGUACGGCCGCGGCGGAUACCCGCCUCAGGCAGCUGCGAUGAAUUACGGCGCCAUGCCGCAGCAGGCCUGGCCUCAGGGUGGGUACGUCUACGGACAGGACCAGCAACAGCAGGGACAGCAGCAGCAGAUCCCCCAGGGGCAGAUGCCCCAGCAACAGAUGCCAGGGCAGCAGCAAGCACACCCUGGUGGGCCUCCUGGGUACUAAAGGCAUCAGGCUCACACCAAGGUUCGGCGGCUGGGUUUGCUCUUGGUAUCGCCGGAGUUGAGGCGUUCAAGGGGAAGGAGUUGCGCCCUCUGGACCUCCUCUAAUCAACGUCACAGACCGUAUGGACCGCUCUUUGAGAACACCGCCCGACUGGAGCCAACUAGCUGUUGAUGUCGAGUCCACUUACGAUUUCAAAAGAAUUGACCACGGCCGAAAUUGCGAGAAAUGGUACGAAAUGUCCGAACGGGGAAAAAAGGAAACAACCCCCCAAAGCAUGCGCGAAUGUCAAGAAAAGUUGCCAUCGUUCUUGUUCACGACAAACAUUAUACCCCCUGACCGAGUUCAGAUCUUCGAUACCUUUUUGUUUUCGGGUGGCGCUUUUCGUUCUUCGGCUGGCUGUCUUCAUACUCAAACUUUUCUUCUUCCUUCCUGCCUUUUUUCCACUUCCUUCUUUUCCAACCUCUUCUUUUGACGACUUUUCGGGUUUGAGGGCAGAAAAAGAUGCCUAUUUCCAGAUGUCGUCCAACACGUUCUUUGUACAAAAUUACAGUCAGCACUCGCACGCGUCGUUUCUGACAGGUAUGCCGACGCGUGGAAAUCAAGUCAAACAACGAGCUCUGAAGCUCGGCGCGCAGGCGCUCUUGCUCUGGCAACUUGGUUGCCGAAAGCAGAGCGAGA